UUCUUAUUAAAUACAUAUUAUGUUCCUGAUGAAUACUGGCAAUCGUUAGAAGUAGCUCAUAAAGAAGUAUUUGGUUAUGGAUAUUUAAGUUGGGAAUGGAAAGUUUAAGAUCCAAUAAGGACUCCAUUACAUAUGUUAAUAUUUGCUUUUCUUUAUAAAUUUUUAAAAAUAACAGGUUUAGAUUAUCCAUUAUUAAUAGUUUAUUUACCAAGAUUAUUAUCUGCUUUUAUAGCUUCACUUCAUGAUUUUUAUUUACUCAAACUUGCUUAAAUACAUUUUGGUAAAAUAUAUGUAGUCCCUGUGAUGAUUUUUAAUUUUACUAAUUGGUUUUCUUUAUUUGCUUAUCCUCGUUUAAUCAUAAAUAGUUUAGAAUCUACUUUAUUUAUUAUAAGCCUUUAUUAUUACAAAUUAUCUUUUUAAAUUUCUAAUAUUAAAUAUGAUUAUAUUUCACGUUUAUUAGUAAUUGUAAAUUUUAUAAUGAGACCUACAUCUAUUAUUCCUUUUGUCUUUAUUUGGCCUUUCAAAUUGUUUACUAUGUAUGGAGAUAUGAGAAAAAAAAUAAAAUAUUUUUUUUUGAAUGUAUAAACUUUAUUAUUGAUGUUAACAUUUUCAAUUAUUUUUGAUAUUUUAUAUUUCUAAAAAUUUACAUGGACAGUAUUAAACUUCUUCAUAUUUAAUGUAGUUAAAAACUUUAGUAUAAUAUAUGGAACACAUGAUAAAUUAUGGUAUUUUACAGUAUGUAUUCCUCAUUUCUUUUUAGCUAAUCUUCCUUUUUUAUUAUUUGGCAUAUUUAUAAUAUUUUCUUAAAAGUUAAAGUCAAAGAUAUCUGAAUCAUAAGAUAUUUUAUAUGGAACAAUUUUUUAUAUAAUUUUUAUCAGUAUGAUAGCCCAUAAAGAAAACAGAUUUAUAUUAAACGGUUUAUCUAUUUUAAUACUUUAUGCUGCAUAUGGAUAUUAAAAUAUGACUUCUAAGAAAUUAUAAAAGCUUAUUUUAUUAUUAGGUAUUCUUUCCAAUAUUAUACUAUUUAUUUUCAUGGGUUUUUACUUUUAGUAAGGUUCUUUUUCUAUUUUUUCAGAAUUGAGAAACAGAAUUUAAAACGUUGAUUCAGUUUAUUUUUUCACAGAAUGUCAUUCUACGCCUUUAUAUUCGUUCUUGCACAAAAAUAUUCCUAUGGAUUUCCCAGAUUGCAGUCCUGAAAAUAGACUAUAAGAAAUUUCAGACUCUCUUUUAUUAUUUAAAGAUCCUUAUAAUUUUAUUAAUAAUGCUCUUUCCCUUUUUAAUUAUAGUCAUAUAGUUUUACUAAACACUUUCACUAAUUUAGAAAACAUUCAAGAGCUUUUAAGUUAAAAAGGUUAUUAAAAAAUCAAAGAAAUAUUUCAUUCACCUUUUAUGGAGAGUCCUAUAGGAGAUUUAUCUAAUGUUUAUUUUGUAUUAUAUGAGAAUAAUAAUAAAUAAAUUUGA